AUGCUCCUCGCGAUUUUCGCCGUGAGCAUCACGUACGUCGCCGGGCUGAACACCCCGGGUGGCUUCUGGGACAGCACCGGGGAAAGCCACCACCUGGGCGACGCGAUUCUGAAGGACCACCACAACAUACGCCUGACGGUGUUCUUAUUCUGCAACACCAUGGCGUUCGUGGCGUCCCUGUUCAUCACCAUGCUCCUCAUCAUCGACGGCAAGAAUCUCCACAAGAAGAAGGCUCGGUCUCGCAUGCUCUACGGGUGCAUCGUCGCCGCGCUGGUCGGGCUUGUUGGCGCCUACGCCGCAGGCAGCUGCAGGGAGACCGACACCACCGUCUACGUGCUCUCCCUGGUUGGCGCCGUUCUGGCAUACAUCCUCCUCCAUCGCUUCUGCAGUUCAGCACCAAAAUUAUUUUGUUGUUGUUUCAGUCCAGCCCAACAACCUGAUGAAAAUGAGGACACUGAUAUGCAGUGCUAG